GUACUCACCUACCCAUGUCAGGAUCUAUUUCUCAAUUCUAAUUUCCUGAGAAACUGAAUUAGUUUGAUAUCCCAGAUACGAAUCAGUAUUAAUAAGCAGAUUUAUUAAUCAUCCAACAUAUAUAGCUAAGCGGCAAUUAAAGAUGCAAGCGAUCAAGGAGACGUUCUACAUUUCGCACGGAUCCCCGAUGCUGUUGAUCGACGAGACGACUCCGGCUAGAGGAUUCCUCCAGAAAUGGAAGACGGAGGUGUUCCCGCAGAGGCCUUCCGCCAUUCUGAUAAUCUCCGGUCACUGGGACACCGAAUUCCCCUCCGUCAACAUCGUCCCUCGCAACGACACCAUUUACGACUUCUAUGGCUUCCCCAAAUUCUUGUACGAGCUGAAAUAUCCGGCACCGGCGGCUCCAGAUCUGGCGAGGAGGGUGAAGGAGCUUCUCGAAGCGUCGGGGAUAGAGCGCGUGGACGAAGACAGAACGCGAGGGUUGGACCAUGGCGCGUGGGUGCCGCUGAUGCUGAUGUACCCUGAGGCGGACAUCCCGGUGUGCCAACUGUCAGUUUCCGGGAACAGAGACGGGACGUUUCAUUAUGAGAUGGGAAAGGCAUUGGCUCCCUUGAAGGAAGAAGGAGUUCUGAUAAUUGGGUCCGGAAGUGCCACUCAUAACCUGAGAACAGCUCGCUGGGACGCCGUCGGCGAUGUUCCUUGGGCUGUUGAAUUCAUUUCCUGGUUGAAAGACUCUCUUCUUAAUGGCAGACACGAAGAAGUGAACAAGUACGAAGAGAAGGCACCACAUGCGAAAAUGGCACACCCAUGGCCGGAUCACUUGUUCCCAUUGCACGUCGCCAUGGGCGCCGCCGGCGAGAAUGCCAAAGCCCAAGUGAUUCAUGACAGCAUCCGUGGCGGUACCAUGUCUUAUGCCUCUUUUAGCUUCACAUCUCAUACUCCCUCAUCAUCAUCAUCAUCAUCACCACCACCCACACUUUGAAAUCUUUUAAGGUCAAUAAUUUACCCUUUAUUCUGUCUCUGUGAGAAGAAAAUCAGGGAGCGAAAAGAAUAACACUACCUUUGCUUGCUACUCAUUUGUAAAUUAUUUAAAAUAGUAGACUUUUUUU